UAGCUGUUCUGAUUUUCAAAUAGCAUAGUCGUGUUUGAUGGUGACUGGUCAGUAGACAACAUGAUGAAGGCCAACAUGGAAUCUAUUUUACGUGGUUGGAUUGCUCUUGUUGCAAUGAUGGCUGUAGGCAAUACUGUGCAGUGUUUUGUAGAUGAAAGAUUUCUGGCUAAUAAAUUAUACACUGGUGCCGCAGAGUCUGUAAAUCCAUUAAUGGCCAGGUUAUUUGGUGUAUGGACAUUGCUUGCUGCCAUUGUUAGAUUCUAUGGUGCAUUGCAUAUCACAAUCCAACCAAUAUACAACUUGACAUUGAUAUCUUUUAUAUUGGCACUGGUUCAUUUUGUAUUGGAAUCAUUUGUAUAUAAAUCAGCACCUAUGAGUAUAGGUGUUAUAGCACCACUACUUGUCUCAGGCUUGUCAGUAAUUCUCAUGGUCAUUGGCUAUAGUUACAUUGAAUUUGAUGUGCCAAGGAGACAAAUACACAAGACAUCAAAGAAAAAGUUGAUGUGAGAAGGAAAGUACUCAAGCAUGCAUGCAAGAAAAAUAACUAGCUGCAUCAGUAUCAAUGUCCAAUAGGAUCUUCAUUACAUGUGUCCAUAGAUGGUUAUGAACUUAAAAUCUAUUUGCUGUUACAUGUGUUUAACACAUGUUAUCAAUAUGGAAUUUCAUAUUUUUUACAAUCCCACCUGUUUGAUUAUUGUGUGACAAUUAUGUAAAUGUAAACUAUAUCUAAUUAGAAUAUAACUACCGGUACAUGUAUAUGGAUGUAUUUUAAACAAGUCAUUGAAAAUGACAUAAUCCCUGUUGGUACUAUAUAUAGGAAGGUAGUCGAUUAUUCCAGGUGAGAGUGCUUGAUACUAAACGAUGGGUUUGUAGAGCAGAUUUACAUACGUGGACAUAGAAAUUAAUGUACCUUAUGAAACAGUACUGUAGAGUGCACUUUACUCAUGUAGUCGUAUCUUAAUUUCUCUGUCCACAUAUAUAUAUAUGGAUGGG